AUGUGCAUUGUAUUCUUCUGUCAAAUUGAGAUAUGCCACCCAGGGGGUUACCAGCUGAUCUUGGCAAAUAACAGAGAUGAGUCUUGGCACCGGCCCACAGAAGAAGCCCACUUUUGGGGGGAUCAUAAAACAUGUAUAAGUGGUCUGGAUCGAGAACCUGGGCGAGGUGGUGGUACCUGGCUAGGAAUGAACAAAUCUGGAAAGAUUGGUGUAUUGCUGAAUAUACUCAGUCAGACAGAUCAAACUAAGAUAGGUAGAGGCCAUCUGGUGACAGAGUAUAUAAGUGGGAAUACUGCCAUGAGUGACUACGCUGACAGGAUCUUAGAAAACAGAGAUAAAUAUAAUGGGUUUAAUUUACUUCUCUUUGAUCUCGGUCACGAGGAAGACUCUCUGACAGUGAAGCCUGUGUUUGUCAGCAACAGUAUCAGUUACCACUCCUGUGUCAACCUGAGGACCUUGCCAGCAAACACCUUUGUGGGUCUGUCUAACUCUCCCCUGGAAUACCCCUUCCAGAAAGCAUUGAGAGGCAAAGACAGGUUUGGGGAGAUCGUGACCAAGUACCCAACCACAGCAGGGAAAGAGCAUUUAAUCAGCAACCUGCUAGAUCUGAUGUCUGACCGGACAUCAAUGUUGCCAGACCCCGUGUUUGAGAAGGCAGCAAUGACCGCAGGCUUCAGUCCCUCUCGGAUAAGCCAGCAGUCGGCUAUCAAUGUGUGGUGCCCAGAAAAUCAGUACGGAUCCAG